CUACAUACAAUGGAUGUAUAAUUAAAAGGACAGUCGUCCUUGUUAUAGUUCAUUUAUUAAAUUUUUGGAAAAGCGAUGGAAAUUUUCAUAAAUGGUUUACACUGUAUAUUCGCGAACUUCGACAUUGGUGCAAAUGUUCUAUUCGAGGAGUACAAUCAACGCACAUGAUUACGUCUUCUCUGCACUAUGUAUAGGGAGAUUUAAUUUUUUGCUGAUGAUCACCUGAUCACCUGGUGGCCGUGAUGGUAGUGUGUAUAGUACAGUUUAUCUGAAAAUAUAAUUUCCAAUAGCAAAGAGCCCUGGAACAUCGUGUCUCUUUAAUUUUCAGGAGAUAACAAUUCUGAUCAGCACAUUAGCCAAUCUGGGGUCGAAGUGAAAGCAUGGGUGCAAAGAAGAAAGGUGCUGGUGACAAACGCAAAGCUUCACACAGUAAUGAUAACCAAAAAUCCUCUGGGUCAUCAGCUAAUGCACAAAAUCAACAUGCUGUUACCCUGAGUGAUAACGUAGAGCAGGACUUUCUCCAGUUUACUAAAGAUCAGCUUAAAACGGAACUGAAGAAAAGAGGUUUAAAGACUUCUGGCAAUAAGACCGAACUGUUACAGAGAUUAGGGAACACAAUGGCAGCAACAACAGUUAAAAGGAAACCGGACAGUGGCCACUUCAAUGGUGAUACAAAAUCCAACAAAUUAUCUCAACAAAGUAUUAUAUCAAGGGAACAAGAGAAGCAAGAAAGGGAAAGACUUGUUUUAUGGAGGCAACCAAUAUUAACUGUAAAAUAUUUUGCAAAGGAGCUCCUUCAUAAUUCUUAUAUCUAUGGCUCAAAGCUCCUUUUGUACAAAAAGGUAGUUGGAAUUGCUGUUCUAGUCUUGAGUUUUAUUGUUGUUCUCCUUAAUGUUGCUGGACCACAUCAACAAUACAUUGCAGCCUUGCGCAGCAAAGCAGUGUGGUGUUUAUAUUGGAUAGGAUUGGGUGUUCUAUCUUCAGUGGGGCUUGGAACUGGACUGCACACAUUUUUGUUGUAUCUUGGUCCACAUAUUGCUGCUGUAACGUUGGCUGCAUAUGAAUGUGGAAAGGAAAACGACCCUCAGUGGGGUGCAAGUAUUUUGAAUAUUAUGUCCAAAGUAAGGUUGGAAGCUAUGAUGUGGGGAGCAGGAACUGCUCUAGGUGAAUUGCCUCCAUAUUUUAUGGCACGGGCUGCUCGUCUCUCAGGCUAUGACCCUGAUGAUGAAGAUGAUUUACGAGAGUUUGAAGAAUUACAACGAAAGAAAAACAAUCCCCAACAAAUGACUUCCUUAGAUGCUGCAAAGCUUUUUAUUGAAAGGAUGGUUGAGAAAGUGGGCUUUUUUGGCAUCCUCGCUUGUGCCUCAAUUCCAAAUCCAUUGUUUGAUUUGGCUGGAAUCACUUGUGGCCAUUUUCUGGUCCCCUUCUGGACCUUUUUUGGUGCAACACUAAUUGGAAAGGCUGUGAUAAAAAUGCACAUACAAAAAAUGUUUGUUAUAAUUGCAUUUAAUGAGACGUUGGUUGAAAAUGCUGUUGCCUUCAUGGCAUUAAUUCCAUACGUAGGCUCCAGGCUACAACAGCCAUUCAAAGAAUUUUUGGAGAAACAAAAAUUAAAACUUCAUCGAAGAUCUGAUGUUGAACUACCUGCUGAAAGCAACCUUUUAGCAGCAAUUUUUGAGAAGUUUGUUGUUGCAAUGAUUUUAUACUUUGUUGUGUCAAUAGUGAACUCCCUGGCUCAGAGUCACCAUAAACGUCUUCACAAAAAAGUUAAAGGAGCUUCUAAAAGAGCCACUGAUUGACGGAGAGCUGUAGGAUUAGUGAUCUGUUAUAAAAGGAAUAAAAUUUGAAGACAGGAACCCCAAUAACAAAAAAAUAUAAAUGUUUGUUAUCAAUGUACAGAAGAUCAGGUACCUCCAGAUGGAAGCAAGGCAGAUAAAGGUGGGGUAGGGCAGAGGGAAGAUACAGUAGAAUAGAUGGAUGACAGCUCCGCCCAAGGACAAGAAUAGAUGGAAUUCUUCUUCCUGACUUAUAAAUUAUGAUAUAUACCCGAGCAAACUAGUAUGCUAUAUAAAGUCACAGAAUUUCUGUUUGUUUUGUGGACAUUUGAUAAUUAGCUUAUAAUAAAGCUCGUAAUUAAAAAUGAGUUUUCAUAAACUUCCUAGCCUUGGUUAUUAUGGUGCUAGUAGAAAACAUCCUUCGCAAAAGCAUGAACAAUUACAAAGCGUUUUAUUUCUACUAUUAAUUUUGCAGAUCUGUUCUCUGAAGAUUAAAGAAACCCUUAAAUUUAUUCCCUAGUAAAUGGAAAGAAAAAUAAGUUCUUUUCUUUUCAUUUCGUUUCUUUUUCUCAUAUUAAUAUGAAGCGUUUGCCAAUGAAAAUAUCUUAACAUUCCAAACAUAAUCUUUAAUUUUUCAAUAGUUAUUAUUGAGAUAUUCCCAUUUAUUUUUUAUAUAGUAAUAAUUGUAGAAAUCUGCCUCCUGUUCAAUUCUUUGACAAAUGAUGCAAUUUCUUAUUAGUAAUUUCAUUAUAUUGAUUUGUUUGACACUAGGAACUUAAUUGCGUUGUCAGUAUUUUUUACUACAUUUCAAUGCUUCAAAUCAUGAAUUCAUACUAACUCAUGAAAGGAACUAGCCUCUAAGUUGGUAUUAAUUCAAAAAAUAGAUUUUGGUAAUGAAGUUAAACUUUCUAUGUGUUGUUAUGAUUAGUAAAUGUAAUUAUGUUGUCUAUUUUGUCUUAAGGUAGUGUUCAUCUGUGAUAGAUUGUGUUUAACAUUGUUAUUUAUUGGAAAACGUGGACUAAUGCUCAUUCUGGUGAAGAAAUAAUCCUUUAAAAAAUGUUGGGAAGUGUGCAUUAACAUUACUAUGUAAUGUGAACCAGAAAUAAUUUUUAAAUUUUAUAUAGCAUGACUUUCAUGAUAAGAACUGUUUAUGCAUAUUUUGGCUUCAGUGAUACUUCUUUUAACAUUAAGAUGCACAACUUUAUUUUUUACUUGUUAUUUAUAAGCAAUUCAUUCAUUGUUAAAAAUGCAAAUUAUGACUUGAUUGUUUCUUUUCAACAUCCUUCAUAUUUUAGUUGUCUUCGAACAUUGAAGUGUAAAAAAGGCGUUACAUAAAAAAUUCAGAUGGUUUGAAUUCAAUUCGGUUAAAGAACAAUUGAAAACUGUACACCCAUCAGCACAUGCUAUUGUAACGGAUAAUGAAAUGAUGGUGAUGAUUUCCUGAAGAGUGCUGAAAAAUAUAGAUCAAAUAAUGAUCCCUCUGAAAAUAAACAUGAGUACUAGCUUUUGUAUCAUAAUAUUUUUAAAAUCUGAUAAAAUUCAAAGUUCUCUUAACAUAUUAAGAGUACUCUUAAAAUAUUUUUUUAAAUAUGCAGACUUAAACGUGAUAUUUGUGCUAAUUCCAAUAUUUGGCUACUAGAAUAAAUUUUAAAUUUUUAUUUUUUUGUUAUUUCAGAAUAAAAUGUUUGUAUCAGGAAGUAAAUUAUAAGUUCCAAUUACAGUUAGUCAUUACUUGUAGCUCUUCUUUCUGGAUUUUUAUCAAGGUUCAUUUUGAAUAAUUAAACCUCUUUUGUUAAGGAUAGGUGGUUCUUCUACUCCCUAAGUUUGUUAUAUCAUCUAAUUGAGGCCUUCUAGUGUAGUAUCUUGAAAGAAACUUAUACUUGUUCUCUUAUUUAUAAAGACUUACUAUUAAGAAACGUGUAUGCUAUUCCAUUUCUUCCUUGCAGAGAAUGUUCUCAAUAAUGUACAGUGUGCCAGGAACGUCUCUUGGCAGUGGAGCCUUGCCGGUGAGGUGCUUCCAAUAAAAAUGAGGUUUGGUAGCAGGAGCUCCAGCUUGUAACCUCUAUCAGAUACUGGAAGUGUUCUUCUCAUUUAUUUCUCAUUGAUCUUAUUACCAGUAUAAAUGCAAUUUUUAAUAGGAGGCCUUGAUUCGGCUCGGUGCAGAGAGACUUUCCUGGUGCACUAUCAUGUAAGGAGUAUUAGAAAGUCCUUACUCUUGUUCUUCCUAAAUAAGAAAGUAGGAAGUAUUGUUUUGGCCAGCAAAACUUGAAGAGUCUUUUUUUUCUAUCAUUUUUAGGCGAGUUUUAGGCAGUUCUUUCUCUCUGAAAAAUGGCAAUGCUUUUGUACUUCUGAAUUGUAUUUAUUUUACAGUACCAACUUUUACAUUUUUAUUCUCAUUUUGGCCAAUCUCUGUGAAUGCAUUUUAUUAUAAAUCGAUUUGAAAAGUGUGACCUGCAAGAGAAUGAAAUUGCCAUUUUCCUUUUGUUACAUAUUUAAAAGAACCCACCCAUUCCUAUGUUCAGAAUUCCAUUUGUAUUAUUUUUAUAUUUAUUGUAGUACUUUAGCUAAAUGCUCAUCUGAUCAAGUAUUCAUGAAAAUCAGAGAAGACAUUGGUAUGUUUGUUCCUGGAGUGUUAUGGAUUCCCUUUCUUUUUUCUAAUAAGAUAAUGUAAACCAAAUUUCUGUAGAGUGGUCCAAAAGAAUUUGUUAACUUUUAUUUUUGAUUUAUGAAACUAUCUAUAUAUGCUACAGGAUUGUUAUAAAAGACAAAUGUGAUAAGUUUCUUUACAUAAUUUAAAACACUGUGAAAUGUUAAGUAUUUUACACUUGUAAAUAUCCAUGUUAAUAAGAAUAUAAGUAUUUAAAGGAGGGAAAGUAAUUAACAUUGCACCAGAGAUCUAAAGAAGUCAUUGUGAUGUAUCAACUGCUGAAUGAAAAUUAUUGAUAUUACUUAGUUUUUCCUUCCUACAAAUUUUUUUUAGAGCGGUAUUUAAUCUCGAACAACACUGAUUCUUUUGGACUAAGCUGUGAUGUAAUCUAUACUAGAUUGAAGAUACGCUAUUUGGAAUACCAAAGUAGCCUAUGCAUGAAAUGUUUCUCACAAAUCGGUGUGUGUAAAUUCACAGCAUAUCAUGUAUCAGGAAUAAGCAAAGAGCAGUUAAAUGAAGUGUCAAUAAUUAUUAGCUCAUCAUUUUGCAAAUUAGAAGAAAUCAGAUUUUAUAUAUUAAUGUUAAGUUAUGUGCUCAUUUUCUUGGGGGUUUCUAUGUAUGGGUUUUCUCCUUUAUGCCAAAGUGUAUAUCCUUUCCGAGUUUUGUGAGUAGUCACCUAGGAUGCACUUAGAAUACUUAAAAACAAGUGUGCCUUUUUUGAUGUUGGUAAAUUUUUGGUGCAAGUUGUUUUAAUUGUGUGACCAUUCUGUGAAGUAUACAUAAUUGUUUGUACCACUUAUUCCCAAGACAGUCUCAUUCCAUUGUUUGUUUUUAUUUUUAUUUUAACUUGCCGUUGAUUUUUUUCUGUGUGGUUGUUAACCCUUGAACUGCCAUAAGGCAUCAAUAUAUUAUCAUCCUGAAUGGAUAGGAAGGAAUGUUGAGGUUUUGUUGGGUUUUUAUUGAAAGUUAUGGAUGUUAUUUUAUUGUCAGUAUGGUUGUGCUGAAUUGAAAUUAGGGACUGACAUGACAUCAAAUUAUUUGCAUCAAUACACUUCACUAGUUGUACAAAUUCAACCGUAGCUAUUAUCAUCAAAUCAUGUUGGGGUUUCCUGAUCUUCAGAGUACAUGAUUCUUAAUACUGAGCCAUUCUUUUGGCAGAAGUGUACUCUCAUUAUUUGAAACUCUUGAGGUUUAUUUUUAUUGUAUGAAUCAUUGUGUUUGGAAUAAAAAUUCUAGCCCAAUAAUCAUAAAAGGUUAAGUUGUGAAUAACUACCAUUCAGAUUGUAACCUUUCAUUUUCAUAUUGUCCAAUCAGUGUGUGGCUUAUGCUAUACAAAGGAGCCACUUAUUAAUAUCAAAUAAGAUUGUACUCUGCAGGUUGGGAAUGGUUUCUUCAUUAUGCAGCGACCCUGUAGAUAACUUAGUGCAAAAGGCAGCUGCUUUUUGAACUAAUGUCAGGACUUGAUAGUGAAGUUUACUCAUUCCUGUAAUAUUUGAAAUAACUGUGUGCAGAACGACCUAAUGUUUUGUUGCAGGCAGUUGAAGGGUUGAUCACAACAGGCCAUUCAAUUUACAUAGCUUCAUUUCUAAGGAAAUUGCAUACAAAAUGUGCCAAUUAGUAUUAUUAGAUAUUUUAAAAUUAUAUAACCUAAUUCUAUCCAUUUUUGAAAUACGUCAGAUUUACGACCAUUGUGUAAAAUCAUGUACUAAAAAAGUAGAAAAUCCUGUAUCUAAAUAUUUUGUAUCAAAUUUUCAUAAAUGUUAUAAAAU